GCUAUAAAUAGUCUAAGGUUGGUUUGAAAGGUAUUCUUGUGGGUCUUUUAUACAUGCAUAAAAAAUGUUACUGAAAGCUGUGUUACUCUUAGUGGUGCUGAAUUAUAUGGUGAGUCCUCAUCCUUUUAUGACUGAUAAUGCUGCAUCAGAUGACACAUGGCUUGAACUGGAGGAACUGUUGCCACAUUACAAGAAAAAUGUUCCAACAGACCCAAGUCUUAAUACUCCAUGUCCACCUUUGAAAUUGCCACAAUUUCAGCAAAUCCGCUCUUCGGAUGUCCAUAAGCUCAUUUUUAAACCUGCAAGAAACCGCAGACCAGUACCUGCUUUGAUGAGGUCUAUAUUGCUGCCAUCACUGCUUCCUGCAAUAGAGUCUCCCCUGCCUUCUAAACCAAGAAAUGUAGAGCUUUUGUGCCACAUUGACCGGAUUUAUGUGAGGGUUUUGAAGAGUAUCUUUAUCAGUCCAGAUGCUGGGAAAUAUCUCAAAGUGGGAACAUGUCCUGUGAAUAAAGUCACACCUGAGCAUUACUACUUCCUAUAUUCCAUCAACAGCUGCAAUGCACAACGUCAUGAAAAUGAAAACCGUGUCUUGUAUUCAAACACACUGUCCUAUGAGCCUGUGACCAGUGAACCAAUUAUUCGUGAGCUAGCAUUUUCUGUGCCACUGGAGUGUCAUUACAACAAGCAUUUCCGCUCGUACAGUGUUGGCUACCAUCCUCAAGUCGAAGCAGGGACUGUUUUCUUGAGCUUACAAGGUGGAGUCUCCCUCACACCUGUAGAUGAGAAUUGGGAACCUCUUGGUGAGUUGCCAAGUCCUACAAUUGGCCAGCCCAUGUACUUCGAGGCCAAGGCUCCCCAUACUUAUGAUGGAAAGAGGCUUUACUUGAGCAAGUGCUAUGUCACUUCUUCUCAGAGCCCUGAUGCUACACGAAAAUACAUUGUGAUGGACAACUUUGGAUGCAUGGUGGAUAGUAAGAACAAUCCUCAAAGCAAGUUCUACCCUAGCGAUGAUAGAACCACAUUAAGGUUCUCUGUGGGAGCCCUUAUAUUUAAGGACAUGGUCUCCCAGCCUGCAAACGAGACGGAAAUGUUCGUUCAUUGUGAAAUGUCUCUGGGACCAGAAAUACCAACUUCAAGCACAAAAUCUUGUUCUUAUAACGCAGAUACACAAGGGUGGUUGGAGUUGUAUGGAAAUGACUCUGUCUGUGCUUGCUGUGAUGCUUCGUGUCCUGCUCCAGAGCCCUCAGUGAGUAUGAAGAUCACCAGCAACUCCUGGAAAGUUGAGAAGAGCCAGAUUGACCAACCUGCACCAAAAUCCCUUGAACUAGGGGAAGAAGCCCUGGAUCAUGGAGGGUUUGAGAUGUUUUGGGACGCCUUUGAUGAGGAAGUGAUUCGUUAAUGCAUGAUUAAUCUUUAUACUUGGGUUUUUGCUACAUGUUACAUAAUAAAGCCUGACUGUUGGAAAAAGUG